AUGUCGACCCGAUCACGGCGACCGGACGGCGCCUCGAGCGGUCGCACCUCGGGCGUCACCAGAGACCCGCCCUCCUCGCCCGGGCACGAGUCGCUCACCCUGACGGUCAAGGUCCCCGCCAACAAGCUGCGCGAGGCCACGUCCGGCAGGAGUCGCAACGCGGGCGCCGGCUCGCUCCACGCCCGCGAGAGCUUCGUUGGUGGCGAGAUCAUCGCGGGCAAGAGGAACCGCGGCGCCAAGAAGAGCUACGUCGUCGAGUCGGACAGUGACGAGGAGGAGGAGGAGGAGGACGACGACGAGGAGAUGGCUGAUCUGGGCGACGAUGACGAUAUGGAGGUCGACGCCGACGGUGACGAAGACGAGGAGGAUGAGGAGGACGCCGAUGGCGACGCUGAUGGCGAUGUCGACAUGGACGCCACGCCUGCUCACCCCACGACGAUUAAGAUUCAGACGCCCAAAGCGAACAAGGUCACGGUGCGCCGACCAGCCGCGGCCCGUGUCGUCGAGGAGGAGGACGAGGAGGACGAUGACGACGAGCUCAGUGAUCUGGAAAGCGACGCAGAGGUCGACAUGAGCAUCAACGUCGUCGGCGACGUCGGCGACGAGGACGACGACGAGGAAGACGAGGAGGAGGACGCCGAGGGCGAGGAGGAGGAUGCCGAGGGCGAGGAGGAAGAGGAGGAGGAGGAGGAAGACGCCGAAGGCGAGGCCCGAUGA